CACACCCUGCCAAAAAGGAAGGCCAAGCAUACUUUCAGUUUCAGCCCACACAAGAAGGGCAGGAGAGAAGAGCCAUGGCUGGGACUAAUGUGGAAAUGGUAAACUCAAUCUUCAGGCCACUCCAUGCACAUGUAUGGAGACUACUGAGGGAAACAAGUAGGACAGUGAUACAGUAAGAAGAUGGAUUACCCAACUGUGAGGAGGGGGACCUUCCACUGAUGAAAUCUAAAUGAGUUCACUUUCUGUUGAUUACAUGAGAGGAAUAUGAGGCUGUUUUCAUGAAGUGAGAAAUCCUUGUGCUCCAAACAGACAAGGUCCUGAAGGAGAAGAGAAAGCUGUUUAUCCAUUCCACGGGUGAAGGUACAAUAAAUGGUUUACUGGAUGAAUUAUUACAGACAAGCGUGCUGAACCAGGAAGAGAUGGAGAAAAUAAAACGUGAAAAUCCUACAGUUAUGGAUAAGGCCCGAGCUGUGAUUGACUCUGUUAUUCGCAAAGGGGCACAGGCAUCCCAAAUUUUCAUUACAUACAUUUGUGAAGAAGACAGGUACCUGGCAGGGACACUGGGACUUUCAGCAGCUCCUCAGGCAGUGCAGGACAACCCAGCUAUGUACACAUCUUCAAGCGCAGAAGGCAGCAUCAAGCUUUGCUUUCUAGAAGAACCUCAAAGGAUAUGGAAACAAAAGUCACAGAGGUGCCAUGUUCAGAAUAUAAUAAUAAAGUGGAGUGAAAGAUAUACUUCAGGCAGUUCUGAAAUUCAGUGGCUUUUUCUUAGAAGCAAUUUUAUUGAGCGGUUCUGGAGAAUCAUACUUCUGCUCCCCUUGCAUAAAGGAUUUCUGUAUCCUAGAAUCCCAGGUUUAUGUAAAGAGUUACAAACUGGAACUCAUAAAUUAUUGUAGUCUUCA